AUGAGCGGGGAGUUACUCGGUGAUCAAUCAAUCCUCCAAAUGCUCAUCCCAAUCGUUCAACUGGUCACAGUCAUUUUUGGUACCGUUUUCUCUAUGAUAAACUGUGGCGGUGGAUCGAAACAGAAACCAAAAAAAGGCUCUGCUGAAUCCACUGGUACUACCGGUGGAACAACCGGAGGAGGAACUACUGGUGGAGGAGACGAUGAUGACGACGAGGAAGAAGAGAAACGAAAAAAGAGGAAAAAGAAGGCAGCAGCAGCAGCGGCAGCAAAGAAAAAAGCAGCGAAAGCGAAAGGGAAAGUGCCUCCUGGAGCUCCUAAACCUCCAAAAAAUCGAGCUGCAAUUGCUGACACGCAUGAUCCAAAUUAUCAAACUUUAGCAGGACUUAACGAUAACGUUUUUGAUCAAAAAGGUGGAGGUGCCACAGGGGCAGGUGUUGCUAGAGGAGGACCAAAGGCUCCAGCAGCUGGAUCGAAACCUGGAAUGGCGGGAAUUCAUGAUCCUAAUUACCAAACUCUCGCGGGACUCAACGAUAACGUCUUCGAACAAAAAGGUGGUGGAGGAGGGGGAGGGGGAGGAGCAGGAGGAGGUGGAGCUCCAGGUGCUCCGAGAGCUCCAGCCCAAGCAGGAGGUAAAGCAGCCACUAAUGACCCCAACUAUCAGACUCUUGCGGGACUCAACAACGACGUAUUCGCAAAUAAGGGUGGCGGUGGUGGUGGAAAUGGAGCACCUCCAGCUCCUCGUGCACCAGCUCAACCCGGUGGCAAAGCAGCCACUCAUGAUCCAAACUAUCAAACUCUGGCUGGUCUCAAUCAGGAUGUAUUCGGAGCAGACAAGAAGAGAUAA